AUGGAGGGGAAUUUCAUGGUAUUGAUCACACAGCUGACUCCUGCGGACAGUGGAACAUAUAAGUGUGUGGUGGAGAACGCUACUAUAUCUAGGCCUGCUGACAUAACAUUGACAGUUAAAACAGGUCCAUGGCAGUCUACUACAAUCUCUCGUCUUCCUGAGGAGAGCUUUACGUUUAUCUGCGCUUUCCCUGAAGCAUACAAAGAGAGACAGAAAUAUGUUUGCCACCAUCAGAGAAAGUUGACUUGCUUCAAACUCGUCAAUUCUCCAACACAGAGGAGGCAGAUACACAUACUAUCUAAUGUCUCUGUGUCUGUGACCCUGGACCAGCUUACGGCAGAAGAUGCUGGAGAUUACUGGUGUGGAGUACAGGCAGCUGUAGGUGAAUCCAUCACUAUGAUCAGCAGGACCCAACUCAUUAUUGGUCCCGAUACAUCUUCCUCAACAACAUCCUCAUGGUCCACAUCAUCACCAUCAGUGCUGCCGACGGUACCUGGCCUGACUUUCCUAGGUAAGAGUGUGAUAGUCCAGGCCGGUCUGACUGCUGUAGCUCUGCUGCUGGUGAUCAUAGUCAUCAUCAUCAUCAUCAUCUGCAGGAAACAGAGGACAAGAGAGCAUUCCCACCCAUCCGACAGCCCAUCAACCAUCACUGAUAAAAACAACCAGGUAACAAUGUAACCACCCAAUAAUGACAGAUUGCAG